AUGCUGCUCCCUUCGGCUGGAACAGUCACCCGUUCGGACAUGGAACUCACCUGCGCAUCGGCCAAUCAGAAAGGAGAUCUGGGACCUGUUGGUUUAGCCGAUAGGGACCGCAGUUGCGAGGACACGAGAACCCGUCCUGUACGAAAUGAAGAAACAAACACGGAGACUCCCGCUUGCAGCCACGGCGUGUCUCAGCGUGAAGCUCGAGUCUGGCAGCCUCUGAAUGCCCUGACUCGAGCCUUGAUGGUGUCCUUCGAGGUGGGCUGA